AUGACUGAACCCGGCAAAGAACAAACUGAGCCAAAGCCAGCAGCGGCGGAAACUCAGCCAUCAGCUAAGUCCAACAAUAAAAAGGGAAAACCACCUAAAAUGUCUAAAGAUCAAAUAGCAGCCCAAAAAGCAAAGACACGUGCAGCGAUGGAAGAACUCAAAACAAGUAUGGCGGAAGCACAAAAGCAAACACUGUUAAAGGAAGCCGAAAAAAAUCAAAUAAUUGAAGAUGAUAAAAAAGCAAAAGCCGAUACAGAGCAUCAUUCUCUCUUGCAUGAUGAACUUAUUCGCCAAUACAGAAUCGCACAACAGGAAGUUGCUGAUUUGGAGACAGUUAAGGCAAAUGCUGAGAGAGAUAUAGAAGAAACGAAAGAAGCAUGUGCCGCACAACUUCGUGUUUACCAGAAGAAGGUCAAGCACCUUAUGGCAGCCAAUCAAAACGAAUUUUCUGAAGCAUACUACCAAGGCGAGCAGCAAUUAUAUCAAGCUCGUCAAGAACAGCUUAUGGCGCAAACAGAUCCAGAAAGAACUGUUGACCUUAUCAGGUUCGACAAGAAUCACAUCUAUUUACAGAACGAAGGAAUCUUAACGAAAUUACGUACAGAGCAAGAUCGCGUUUUUACACAACUCAGAGAAGCCUUUGAGCGCAAAGUUGAAGCCAGCCGUGCAAGAAAUGAGUAUCGCACAGCUGCAAUGCGUGCUCAGCUUGAAGAACAAAGAAUUCGCGAAACAGAAGAACUGGAGCGCCACAAAAACGAACAGAUCAAGCAAUUACAAGAGAAGCAUGCCUUGGCAUUCGAUCACAUCAAGCGUUUCUUCUCAGGUGUUACACAUAACAAUCUUGAAGUCAUCAAAAACUCCAAAGCCAAGAUUGCCCAGUCCAAGACACUUAUUAACAGUGUUAGGAAGGAUGUUGACGAGAGAUUUGCUCGCCGGCGUGAGUUAGAAGAACCUCUCAAAGCCAUCAAAGAAGAAAACGAGAAAUUACAUAAGGAAAUCGAUGAUUACAAGCGUGCCAAGUCCAAACUUGCCCAAAACAAGUCAAAGAUCAAAGUUCUCGAAGAAGAGAAGCGAAAUCUCCAACUCGCCCAAGAAGUUCUUGAACAGAGAUUCGAACAACUCGAGCAGGAAAGAGACGCUCUCUACGACCAGUUUGAAACAAGUAUCCACGAUGUCAGACAGCGUACAGAGUUCAGAGCUUUCAUCCUCGAACAGAAAGUCCAGAAAAUGCACGAAGUCCUCGAACAGAAGGAAAUGCAGUUGCAACAAGUCAUGCAGAGAAAAGGUCUCGAUGCUACCGCUAUCUCUGCAAAGAUAGAGGAUGUCAUGGCUGUAAAGAACGCUAGAAUCAAUCAGCUCGAAGUUGAAAUUAGAAAGGUACAAGAAGCUUACAACAACAUCUACAAAUCUUACCAGGCAAAGAUGCUAGAGUACGGAAUUCCUCAAGAAGAACUCGGUUUCCAGCCAAUGCCGCAAGGAGUCGCUUACUGUGUUGAUGAGGACCCUGAAAAUGACGGUGAAGAGGAUAUGCAGGAGUAG